AUGGAGUGGCCAACCAUAUUUGUUUUUGCACCACCAGCUUCUAUGUUCAUCACAGUCAUGUCAGUGAUCAGCUUCACGGGGUCAGCUAAUGCCGGGUUCUCUGAGUUGAGAGGAAAGAACAUGCAGUAUUCCAAGUUCUGGAAGAAUAGCAAACAAUCCGAUUCUCAAAACUCAAAGCAAAUUUACAUAUCUGGUAGAAGAGGCAUGCAAAUAGCGUAUGCUCCCGCAUUUCUUGCAGGGCUCACAUCGUUGGUGUUCUUUCCCCAUAACGAUGAUAUCAGAUAUCUUUUGGUCUCUUUAACACUCACUAUUCAUUUCCUCAAAAGACUUUUGGAGGUUCAAUUUGUUCACAAGUACAGUGGAGGGAUGAUGCUUGGUUCUGUGAUUAUUAUCUCUGCCAGUUACUUCAUGUCUAUUCUCACUGCGAUUUACGCUCAGUACCUUACUACAACCCAAGGGCUCCCUGAGCCAACAAUUGAUUUAAAGUACACCGGGAUCCUAUUGUUUCUACUUGGUAUAUCUGGCAAUUUCUACCAUCACUACCUUCUUUCCCAACUGAGAUCUUCGUCCUCUUCUUCUCCGUCAACCUCAAAACGCGAUGAUGUUAAGGAUUAUAAGAUUCCAAGGGGUGGAUUGUUUGAGCUAGUGGUAUGCCCUCACUAUCUCUUUGAAAUCAUUGGAUUUGUAGGUUUCUCUUUUAUUUCUCAGACCUUGUGUGCAUUCACCAUGGCCGUCGGAAUUGCGAUAUAUUUGACUGGUAGGAGCUAUGCUACUAGGAGAUGGUAUCUUUCUAAGUUUAAGAAUUUUCCCCAACAUGUCAAGGCUCUCAUUCCAUACAUGUAUUAG